AAAAGUUCUUGUCGUCAGUUCUUCGGAAAUUUUAACCACAGUUCUAGUAUCCCGCUAUAACUAUUUAAUUUUGUGAGAAAAAAUGAGAAUAAUUUUAUUCAAGACUGUUUUUACUUUGUUCAUUGUAGCUAUUUCGGGUCGGCAGUUCAGAGUGACGGACCAAGUGUAUUUGGACAUCGAGGUGGACGAUGAGCCUCUGGGUCGCAUCGUGAUCGGUCUAUUCGGCGAUUUGGCGCCCAAAGCGGUCAAAAACUUUAAAGUAUUAGCAACGAAAGGGAUCAAAGGGAAAUCGUACAAGAGGACCAUUUUCACGCGUGUCAUCAAAAGAUUUAUGGUUCAAGGUGGAGACAUAGUCUCUAAUGAUGGGUAUGGCUCACUAAGUAUAUACGGUGAGAAGUUUGAUGACGAGAAUUUGGACACGGAGCACACCGGCGCCGGCUUCGUGUCUAUGGCUAAUAAAGGUAAAAAUACGAAUGGAUGCCAGUUUAUUAUCACAGUAAAAGGGACUCCUUGGUUGGAUGGCUUACAUACAGUCAUUGGAAAGGUAGUUGAAGGUCAAAAAGUGGUUCACCUGAUGGAGAACACGCCGACGGACAUGGACGACCGGCCCACCAAGCGGAUCGUCAUCGCCGACUGCGGGCUCGUACCCACCGACCCCUACUACAUCUCUGAUAACCCCUACGAUGUUUGGGGCUGGAUUAAGGCGUCUGCUGCGCCACUCUCUAUGUCCUUCUCAAUUUUAGCAUUCUUCCAUUGGAUGAUAAGGAAAAUGGAAAUAAAAUAAUUAGGUAGGUACCUACUUAACUUGUUAAUGCGUAAGUUGUAAUAACUAAUAAGGUUUAUGAUACGUUAUUAUUUUUAUUUAUUUUAAGUAUUUUUAAGGCAUAAUUUACGGGAAACAAUAAAGGAUAUAAGUUAUGUUCAUCAUGUUCAUCUACUGUUUUACCAAAUAAAGAUUAUUUUCUUUC